GGAACUGGUCUCAUUGCAUUUCGCAUUUGACUCUUGAAGGGUAUAGUUUUCUUUAGCGUAUACAUUUUUUAAUGAAUGCUGGUAAUUAAAGCCACAAAUCACGUGUAAUUGAAGUCAACUACAAUGCGUAAUGUGCCGAAAUCACUCGGCCUAUUAGUUACAACACCUGGCGGCAGCGCUGCCGGAGGAGCCACAGACAGUGGCAUAUCGACAAGUGGGCGUCACAACAGCUUGGAGGACAUCAAUCUGGAUCAAUUUCUAAAGACCAUCAACUACGAAGACACAGUCAAGCAGCUGGACAUUUACUAUGGCAUCGUCAAACGCCAGCUGCUGCGCUAUCAGAGCCCCAUCACAGGCCUGUUUCCGGUGAUGAGCACCGAUCAGGUGGUGGGUUCGGUGCGUGACAGUGUAUAUUGUGCUGCUGCCGUUUGGAGCUUGUAUCAGGCGUACAGACGCAUCGAUGAUGAUCGCGGCAAGUCAUAUGAGCUCGGCCAGAGCACGGUCAAAUGCAUGCGCGGCAUUCUGGAGUGCUGGGUUAAGCAGGCAUCGCGCGUGGAGCUCUUUAAGCAGCGUCAGUCCAAUCAGCAUGCGCUGCAUAGCAAAUUCCAAUUGCACACGGGCGAAAAGAUCUAUCCCGAUGAGUUCUACAAUCAUUUGCAAAUCGAUUGCGUCUCCUUAUAUCUGCUAUUUCUAGUGCAGAUGAUCACCUCGGGCCUGCAGAUCAUUUACACUCACGAUGAGGUGGCCUUUGUGCAGAAUCUGGUUUACUAUGUGGAGCGUGCCUAUCGCACGCCCGAUUUUGGCAUGUGGGAGCGUGGCUCCAAGUACAACAAUGGCACACCCGAAAUUCACGCGUCUUCUAUAGGCAUGGCCAAGUCCGCACUGGAGGCCAUCAAUGGCUGCAACUUGUUCGGCGAGAAAGGCGCCUCAUGGAGCGUCGUCUACGUGGACAUUGAUGCGCACAAUCGUAAUCGCAGCAUCUUUGAGACCAUGUUGCCGCGCGAGUCCAGCUCGAAGGGCGUGGAUGCAUCGCUGCUGUUAACGCUUUCCUUCCCAGCAUUUGCCUCGCAUGAAGAUCGCUUGGUGGAGCAGACCAAACAGAAUGUGGUCAAUCGGCUGCGCAGUAAAAUGGGGUUCAAGCGUUUUACACGCGAUGGGUUUCUUAGCAAAGCGGAGGACAAAACGCGACGCUACUAUCAGGCCGGCGAGUUGAAGGAGUUUGAGGGUGUUGAGUGCGAGUGGCCAUUGUUCUUCAUAUCGAUGAUAAUCGAUGGUGUCUUUAAGAAUAACAAUGAACAAAUUGAGGAGUUUCAGAAUGAUUUGCGCCGCUGUCUGCACACCGAUGCCAAUGGUGAUCCAGUGGUCACCAUGUACUAUGCGCCAGAUGGCGAGGGCUCCUAUAUGCGUGCGCCAUCCCAGUCGCUGUUCCUCUGGGGUCAGUCAUUCUUCAUCAUUGCCCAGCUGCUGACCGCUGGACUGCUGCACAUCAACGAACUGGAUCCAAUCAGACGCUAUCUGCCCAGCUAUAAUCGACCACGACGCGCCGGUCGUUAUUCGGCUUUUCAGAAUCGACGCGUACCGCUAAUAUUGGAUGCAAUGCAGGGCACCGCCACAGAUUUGGUGGUGCAAAUUGUGCUUAUCGCCGAGUCGAUGCGUCUGCAGGCCAUGAUGGCCACCUAUGGCAUACAGACCCAAACGCCGCAUGAGGUGGAACCUGUGCAAAUCUGGAGCUCCACGGAGCUGAUCAAAGUCUAUCAGCAUCUGGGUGUCAAUCACAAGGUGGGCCUCUCAGGUCGUCCCUCACGCCCAGUUGGUUCGCUCGGCACCAGCAAAGUCUAUCGCAUCUGCGGCAUGACCGUACUCUGCUAUCCGCUCAUUUUUGAGGUCUCCGAUUUUUAUUUAUAUCGCGACAUGGCACUUUUGAUCGACGAUAUCAAAACGGAGCUGCAAUUUGUGGGCAAAUACUGGCGACUGUCCGGCAGGCCCACAGUCUGCCUGCUAAUACGCGAGGAGCACAUGCGUGAUCCGCAGUUUAAGGAAAUGCUUGAUCUGCUUGCCAUGCUCAAGAAGGGCUACUGCGAUGGCAUGAAGGUGCGCAUCGGCCGACUCCAGAAUCUGAUCAGCAGCUCCUGCAUCGAGCAUUUGGAUUUCAUGAACCAAAACGAUCUAACAGACAACGAGAAUGCAUUCUCACAAAUCAAUCACGAAUAUAUAGGUUAUCAAUCACUGACAGAUGUGCCCAAGGCGCUUACCUAUGUUGAGGAGAAGAUUUCCGUGGCGCACUUUGACAGCAAGCCCACACCGGAUAUUAUCAAUGCGCUUCGCAACACUGAAUCCAUCUAUUGCCUGUGCCAACUGUGGGGCAUUCUGCUCAAUCGCGAGGGCUCCAACUUUGAGGUUAAUGGCCUCAACGUGAGCACGGCACUGACGCAGCUCUAUCAUCGCGCAGGAUCGUUACGCUAUUGGCGCGCCGUGCGCUACUGUUCCUCAUUGCUGCAUCACAUUGUGGACUCAAUCAGUCCGUUUAUAACCACUGUGCUGGUUAAUGGCAAGGAGCUAACCGUUGGCAUCAUUGGCCAAAAGGAAACAGUCUUCGAUAAGCCGAUGACUCCCGCCGAGAUUCAGAAUGUUAUGUAUACCAGCGUGCAGCCAUAUAAUGUGAUUCAGGCGGUGCUGCAGCAGGAGGUGGUUUUAUAUUGCGGCCGUCUUAUAGCCACAAAUCCGUCCAUGUUUCGGGGCAUAUUGAAAAUACGUAUAGGCUGGGUGCUUGAAGCCAUGCGCAUCUAUUUGCAAAUCUCUGGGCAACAAAGCAUUGACGUGGACAAUUUGUCGCCGUUCCAAGUGCGCAUUCUCCUACAGAAGGUGCUCACUGUCAGUGAAUGGGCUGUGGAGGAAAAACUUACAACGCUGCAGCGCCGCCAGCUGGAGGGCUGCCUGUGCCGCGUGCCCAAGCACUUCUAUAACAAGAUCUGGGAGAUUCUGCAACGAACGCCACAGGGCAUAUUGACGCAGGGUCAUCAUUUGCCAGCCACACCCACGCUGACAAGCAUGAGUCGCGGCGAAUUAACCUUCAAUUUGUUGGUAGAGGAGACGCUCAUCUGUAUUGAUCGUCCGGAGCGACGUCAGAUUACCGUCGAGCUACUCUGCAUUGUGGCCACCAUUCUGAAUCGGAAUCCUGAGCUGCAUUUCAAGCAGGCGCUCGAUUUGGAUGGCAUCAUUGCCGAAGCCUUUGCCAUGUACUGUAAGGACAACAAUAUACAGCUUCACCCGAAAUCGUCGGAGCAGCAGGCAGUGCCAAACAAGCAGGAGGAUCUAACCGCCUUCUAUUCGCUGCCCUACUCGGAGACCACGGGCUAUUUGGCGCGGGCUGCUGUUAACAAAGUGCUUCAGGGCGGCGUUUUCUCGACAGCCGAGGACGGUUUGCAGCUCGAUGGGGAUCACUUGCACGAUGACAAUUGCAAAGUGUCCUAAGACGAUGUCCUUUAUUUGGCUUUUGUACAUAGCAUAGUACAGCAUAUCCUUGUUGACCAAAAACUAAAACCGCUAUCCAAAGUAGCUCGAAUUUGUAGCCUAUUCUAUUUUAUUUUAAUGUGUGCCACCAUCUUCUUGUCCUUUUAGUUUAUAAUUAAAUGUUAUCUAUAUAAA